CCAAGGUUUUCAUUCGUAGUCGGUACUCCGGCGAAUUUGAUAAUAAAAUUUUUGAGUUUUGAUAAGCAAAAAUUUGUAAAUUGAAACUGAACGCCGAAAAAGAACUGUGUGUAGAUAAGUAGAUUAAUGAGACAAAAUUCUAAAUUGUGAUCAUAGUAUUAAUUAGAAAGCAUUCGAUUCGUUAAAAUAAUCAUAAUCACUCAAGACUGAGAAUGUCUCUCUUUGGUCAGCUGGUGCAGAAUUGUUUCAAAAUGAUGGAAUCAAAGAUCGCUGUUGGCUCCAGUAUAAUACUAAAAAGAAACAAACACCAUCAGCUUCCGUACUUUGGAGCGAAGAAUAACUGGCCUCAAUGGAGUAUGAUGAAAGAUCAAAGAAAACGUAUGACUUUGAAAGAAUACGGUCGUUUUAAACUAAGGCUAAAUGCGAUGCGUAAAACCGACCUCUUGCCACCGGAACUGAAAGAGAUCGCCAAUCACGAAAUUGCAACAGUUCCGAGAGAUGCUGCCAUCAGGGAAGUCUAUGGUAGAUGUGCAAUCACUUCGAGAGGGAGAGGUAACGUUGUACGUUGGAAAGUGAGUAGAAUAAUAUUCAAGCAGUUGGCAGAUUAUAACAAACUGGCUGGAAUUAUGAGAGCGAGAUGGUAAUUGUUGUAAUUGCCUUUAGAUAUUUUUGUAAAAUGCAUUGUUGAAUAUAUUUGUUUAUCUCAA